CUCCAUCUUUAUAAUUUACUUCUCCCAUCAAUUUCGUAUUACAACUCUAUUGACUAACUCUAACAACUCCCGGUGUACCACAUAGGUUAUACACCGCCCCAAUUAAAACAUGACACUUGUAAAUUUUUGGCCUCCACUGCCGUCGUUCGUCGUUCAUUGCAGCAGCUCCAUUGACAGCGUUCCUCGCCGACGUGAAGCCUCUUUUACCGAUUCUUCCUGACGGAAGCACCGGGAGCACCCAAGAAAUCUUGGCUACUCCUGGUGUACCAGACAGGUUGUACACUGCCCCAAUUAAAAACGUGUUAAUCUUUGAUUGGAGCGGUGCACCCAAGAAAAUUAACUGAUACUGGAAAAUUAAGUGACUAUUUUUAUAAAAAAUGAAAACUAAUAAUAAGUGAUCAAAUUGUUAACAACCCAAAGUCAAAUGACCAUUUACGACAAACACGCGCAAUUGUUGAAAGAAACAGAGGGAAACGUUUCUCAUUCCAGAAAAGGAAUUAGGGUUCUACCGUCGUGGCUCCAUUUCCCUCUGUUUCUACCCUCCUUUGUACAGAUAGAGAAAAUACUUCGGUCAACAGUUGUUUGUUGUGAAGGCUGAGAAUCGAUCUCUCUGUGGCGAUUUGGUGCAGGGGAAGAGCAAGGAUGACGACGCGACUCCGUGAAUCCACUGCUGAUAGGAUUAGCAACCUCCCCGACGGCGCGAUUGAGCGGAUUCUGGUGUUUUUGCCGAUAAAAGAUGCAGCUAAAACCAGCCUCUUGUCAAGAUACUGGAGACAUCGUUGGAGAAGUAUUCCUCAACUUGUGUUCGAUGAUAGGUUUGAUCCACUUCCUGAAGCAGAUGAUCGGAAGGUAGUGAUGAAGAUUUACGAAGCUCUGCUGGCUCAUGAUGGGCUGCUGACUAAGUUUGAGCUCUCAAUUCCUGGAUAUUGGUGCAAUCUUCCGCUUGAUCUCUUGAUGCUUCACCUUUCUAGGAAAGGCGUCCAGGAGCUUACGCUUACCCUUCUCGUUGAGGGCGAGAAUUACCCCAAUUUGCCUUCCUCCCUGUUCUCUGCAGCCUUUCCCCUGAAGCGUCUUAAACUGAAGGGUUGCGAAUUCAAGGUACCAUCUGGGUUUGCAGGAUUUAGCAAGCUUACUUUUCUCCAAUUGGAAGACGUGGGUCUGCCCGACGGUUUCUAUAAGAAUUUCAUUCCAAAGUUCCCGCUGCUGGAAGAGUUGAGGGUUACAGACUGCGGUGAUUCAGAGCCUGUGUUUGAAUCGCAUUCUCUCAAAGUUCUUUUCUUCCGCUCUAGCUUUUAUAAAAUUUGCUUCAAGGAUACCCCUGUUCUUUCGGUGCUAUCAGUUCUAGAUAUAGGCGGCGAUUUGUUUUGUGGGAUAGGAGAACCCUCUGAGGAUGAUUAUUUGGAUAUGGUCCCUUUGUUUGCCUCUCUCCCUGCACUUCAGCAGUUGAAUCUUGGCAUUGAAUUGCUACUAUUGCUUGCUGCUGGUUGUGUCCCCUACCGGCUGCCUACAGAUCUUCACCACUUAGAAGUCCUGGCAGUACCUCGUCUUCUUUUGGAUAGGUUGUCACAGGCCCGGAUUCUUGUUUGUCUAAUCAUGAGUUCGCCCAACUUGCAAACACUCACCAUUCAGAUUGAUGAUGAUCUUCAUCAUCCGCCUUCAGAGGUUGUUGCUGGCCUACAACAGUUGUUGGAAGCAGAUGACCAACCUGGAGUUUGUUGCCUUCAACAUCUUGAAGAGUUCAACAUUCAGGAUGGCCGUGGUAUGCAAGUCGAGCUAGACUUGGUGAGGUUUGUACUCGCCACUGCCCCGAAGCUUCGUAGGAUCUCUAUUAAGCCGCACGAUAAGCUGUCUUCUGGAAAGGUUUUGAAAUUCUUGAAGAAUGCAGCAUUAUGUAAACGUAUUUCCAGAGAUGCUGAGCUUAGAUAUGUCUGUGAAGAUGAAGAUGAAGAUGAAGAUGAGGAUGAGGAUGAGGUCGAGGAUGCUACGAUGUCGCCUUUACAUUAGUACAACACAUUAACAAGUGUAUGGGUAGAUUUAUUUUCAGUCACACCAUGACUCGAAGAGAAUGAUUUGUUCUUGUUAUUCUAGUCACUGCCCCAAUCCUUGCCCUUGGUUAGAUAUUCAUUAAGCUUGAAGUUAACUUGUCCGCUGUAGAGGGUAUGAAACUCCUGAAAGAGGUGACAUUAUAUAGCGCAUUUUAAAAGGGGCAGAUGCCAGAUAUCUCCAGAGUGAAUGAGAUCAAUAUACGUUGCAGCUUUACCUCUCCCACUCACCCUUUGGGUUGUUUUCCACCUUUGAUGGUGCUUGAUGUUUAACUUUUCUUUCUCUCUUGUUGGCAACUGAUGUGAUCCUGCAUGAUCAAAAUUACUCGCCUUGCCUUUUACCUCCUUGCUUCUCGUUCCUUCCAUGAGUAUGACUACUUGACAGAAUCUAAGAGUUUGUUACAGUAUUUAUGGCUUGAUUUCUCUGGACAAAGAUUAGCAGGGGAGAGAGAACGGAUUUUGUUGAUUAUUUUGUUCUAGGUCCCGUUUCACGAACUUGGAUUCAAUUGCAGAAAUCUAGCAAAGAUGAUUUGUUGCUCGCUCUUGCAUCAGGACGGCGUUCUUCCUCUAAAUAUCUUUUGGCUUUUACCGUCAUGAAGAAGUACGACCAUUUGUGUAUUAUGCAGCCAGGAGGAGGAGUCGAGCGAGCACUUGUAUUUUCAAUGCUCGUUCUCCAAAGAAGUGGCUGCUUGCAGAGUAAAUUUCCCAAUUCCUCUGCAGCAGACAUGGGAUGGGUGUUUGGAGGAUGCUUGUGGGCGAAUUAAGGGGAAUACUGUGAUUGGCAGGGUAUAUGCAGUACCAUAGUACCAUGGAGUGCAUUUGUAGCACGUAUUUGGUAUGAACGAUGUAAUCGUUGUCAUUGGGCAGCUCUUAUAGCCCCUGAGGAGAUCUUUAGGCAUAUUAAUACCAAUCAAUAGUUCAAUAUCACCAUUGUAUAGACUGGUAAAAAGUGCCUCCAUUUUUUUUUUCAAAAAUAUAUAAAAGUGAAUAUUAUUUUUAAAAGCACAAUUAAUCUGAUUUAUCUGUGCAAGAAAUUUAAAUUUUGUCU